UGAGUCGAAAUGAUCAUCGUUCUUUCAAUGCGCUCACCGGUUCCUGUAUUCUUCUUAUCAAGUUGCUGUCUUAGAGUUUAUAUUCAUAAAAAUAUUAGCCUCGGCAAUGCUUUUUCUCAAUCGGCUUAUUUUUAUUAUUCCUCCAAGCGACGUCGUUUACAUACAAGUUCACUUAUCUCUAUGACUUUGAAGAGUGGAAUAGUUGGUCUCCCCAACGUAGGAAAGUCUACUUUAUUCAAUGCUCUGUUACAAAAUUCUGUUGCUCAAUGUGCCAACUUUCCAUUUUGUACAAUAGAGCCUAACGUGGGUAUUGUUCCAGUACCAGAUCCACGUCUUGAAGUUUUGCAAAAGUUGAACCACUCAGAAAAGGUCAUUCCUACCUUUUUAGAGUUUAUAGAUAUUGCAGGGCUAGUUGCAGGUGCAAGUAAAGGAGAAGGAUUGGGCAACCGUUUCUUGGCGAAUGUUAGAGAGUGUGAUGCUAUCUUACACGUAGUUCGCUGCUUUGAAAGUGAAGAUAUUGUACACGUAAUAGGCUCAGUAGAUCCUCUAAGAGACGUAGAUAUUAUCAACACGGAACUUUCUCUUGCUGACUUUGCGCAAAUUGAGAAAAAGUUGGAACGAAUGAAGAGAAACAGAGCAGAUUCUAAAACAACAUUGGAAGUGGAAGCACUAGAAAGGGCCAAAGCAGCUUUGGACACUGGAUGCCUAUUGAGAAAUGUAAACUUCACUAGUCAAGAAAAGGCAUUCCUUGUACCAUUACAAUUAUUGACACUGAAGCCUGUUUUGUAUGCUGCCAAUGUCUCCGAAGAAAGCUUAGCAACAGGAAAUCCUUUUACGCAACUUGUAUUUCGAAGAGCAAGAGAAGAAAAUGCAUCUGCCGUUGUAGUUUCUGCUCAAGUAGAAUCAGAAUUGGCUUCGUUGUCUGAACAAGAAAAGGUUGAAUAUUUACGUAUAUUGGGAGUACAAAGAGAGAGAAUUGGUUUGUGUCUUCUAGUUCGUGAAAUGUACACAUUAUUGGGAUUGGAGACUUACUUCACUAGUGGACCAAAAGAAACUAGAGCUUGGACCAUUAAGAAAGGAACUAAAGCACCUCAAGCUGCAGGUCUUAUCCAUUCAGAUUUUGAACGUGGUUUUAUUAGGGCAGAGACUAUUUCAUAUGACCAAAUGGUUGCAGUUGGUUCCGAGAAGAAAGCUAGAGAACAAGGAUUAAUAAGAAGCGAGGGAAAAGAGUAUAUUGUAGAAGAAGGAGAUAUUGUUCAUUUUCGUUUCAAUGUUUGAGUUGUAUAAAAAGAAAGAGAAAUAAUAUUUC